CUCAUCGCCGACGGGCUCCUCCCCCUCCUCCCAUGGCGGUGGCCUCUCCUCAAACCCUAACCCCCACCCUCCACGCCUCUUUCCUUUGCUCUUUCGCUCUCGCCCUCCUCCGCGCCGGCCGCCUCUCCGCCGCCUCCCACAUCGUCUCCUCACUCCCCGCCUCCCCUCCCGCUCGCAUCCUCCGUCGCCUCAUCCCCGCCCUUGCCUCCUCGGGCCUCGCCGCCGCCGCCGUCCGCUUCCGCCCCGUUCCAGGUGACUCCCGCACCCUCAACUCGAUCGUCCUCUCCUACUGCAACCUCCGCUUGCUCCGCCCCGCGCUCAGCCUCCUCCGUUUCUGCUCCAGACCCCACUCGCAGGUUGCGCCCGAUACCGUUAGCUACAACAUCUUCCUCGCUGGCCUCUCCGAGCAGGGCCACGGCAACCUCGCUCCGACCUUGCUCGCCGAGAUGUGCAAGCGCGGCGUGCCCUUCGAUGGGGUCACCGUGAACACGGUGCUCGUGGGGUUAUGUAGGGCCGGCCUGGUGGACGAGGCCGCGAGAUUGGCUGAGAUGCUGGUAGGAGGCCGAGGAAUCGACAGCUUAGAUGUGGUGGGAUGGAACGCUCUCAUUGAUGGGUAUUGUAAAGUCCAGGACAUGGCCGCAGCAUUGGCUGUGGCACAGAGGAUGAGGACACAAGGGGUGGUGCUUGAUGUCGUGGGGUAUAAUAGCUUAGUUGCUGGGUUUUGCCACUCCGGUGAUGUUGAUGCUGCAUGGGACGUAGUGGAGGCAAUGAAGGCGGACGGGGUGGAGCCGAAUGUGGUGACAUACACUGCGUUCAUUGGGGAGUAUUGUAAGAGGAAGGGGAUCGAGGAGGCAUUCAAUUUGUACGAGGGAAUGGUGAGGUUGGGUGUGCUGCCGGAUGUGGUCACACUUAGUGCUCUUAUCGAUGGGCUCUGCAGGGAUGGCCGGUUCUCAGAGGCAUAUGCACUUUUCCAGGAGAUGGACAAGAUUGGAGCUGCACCGAACCAUGUGACGUAUUGUACACUUAUUGAUUCAUUAGUCAAAGUGCGGAGGGUCAAAGAGUCUCUUGGUCUACUGGGAGAGAUGGCUUCAAGAGGUGUGGUCAUUGAUCUGGUCAUGUAUACAGCUCUGAUGGACUCUCUAGGUAAGGAAGGGAAGAUUGAGGAAGUGAAAGACAUGCUUCAGCAUGCUCUAUUGGAUAAUCUCACUCCCAAUUGUGUUACUUACACUGUACUGAUUGACGCACACUGCAGAACAGGCAACGUCGAUGGGGCAGAGCAGGUGCUGUUGCAAAUGGAGGAGAAAUCUGUUAGCCCAAAUGUUGUUACAUUCUCAUCAAUCCUCAGCGGUCUUGUUAAAAGGGGAUGCCUCAGUAAAGCAGCUAAUUAUAUGAGGAAGAUGAAGGGCAUUGGGAUUGCUCCUAAUGUUGUGACCUACGGAAUACUUAUUGAUGGGCUCUUCAAGUGCCAGGGGCAAGAAGCAGCUCUUGAUAUGUACCGUAAUAUGUUGCAUGAUGGUGUUGAACCAAACAACUUUGUUGUUGACUCACUGGUAAAUGGUCUGAGAAAGAAUGGGAAUGUAGAGGAUGCUGAAGCACUAUUUAAAGAUAUGAGUGAACGUGGUCUGUUGCUAGACUGUGUAAAUUAUACCACCUUAAUUGACGGGCUUUUUAAAACAGGAAACAUGCCAGCUGCUUUUAAGGUUGGUCAGGAGUUGAUGGAGAGAAACCUGCCACCUGAUGCUGUUGUCUAUAAUGUGUUUAUCAAUUCCCUUUGCAUGCUUGGCAAGUUCAAGGAAGCAAAAUCUUUUUUGAAAGAAAUGAGAAAUGCGGGCAUAGAACCUGAUCAAGCAACAUAUAACACUCUGAUCGCUGCACAGUGCAGGGAAGGAAAGACCACCAAAGCUCUAAAGCUACUGGAUGAAAUGAAGCGGAGUUCUAUAAAGCCUAAUCCCAUCACAUAUACUACACUUGCUGUGGGCCUUCUUGAGGCUGGGGCUGUGGAGAAGGCAAAAUAUUUGCUUAGUGAGAUGGCUUCUGCUGGAUUCACUCCAACCUCUCUGACCCAUCGAAGGGUGCUGCAAGCAUGUUCUGGAAGCAGGAGAUUGGAUGCGAUUUUGGAAAUUCAUGAAUGGAUGAUAAAUGCUGGUCUUCAUGCUGACAUUGUUGUCUAUAAUACACUUGUGCAUGUUUUCUGUUGUCAUGGAAUGACCAGGAAAGCUACAGUUGUUUUGGCUGAAAUGUUGGGGCGAGGAAUUGCACCAGAUACUAUCACAUUAAAUGCUCUCAUUCUCGGCCAUUGUAAGAGUGACCAUCUAGAUAAUGCAUUUGCCAUGUAUGCUCAGAUGCUUCGUCAAGGGGUGUCACCAAAUAUAGCUACUUUCAACACACUUCUCGGUGGUCUUGAGUCCACUGGAAGAAUCGGAGAAGCGGAUACUGUUCUCAGUGAGAUGAACAAGAUGGGCCUUGAACCCAAUAAUCUCACCUAUGAUAUACUGGUGACAGGAUAUGCAAAGAAGAGCAACAAAGUUGAAGCACUGAGGCUGUAUUGUGAGAUGGUGAGUAAAGGUUUUAUUCCCAAAGCAAGCACAUACAAUUCAAUGAUAAGCGACUUUGCCAAAGCUGGGAUGAUGAAUCAAGCUAAAGAGUUGUUCAACGAAAUGAAAAGGAGAGGAGUUUUACAUACGUCCUCAACUUAUGACAUCCUUUUGAAUGGAUGGUCAAAGCUUAGAAAUGGAACUGAAGUGAGAAAACUUUUCAAAGAUAUGAAAGAGAGAGGAUCUAGCCCAUCUAAAGGCACUCUUAGUUUUAUAUCCAGAGCAUUUUCAAAGCCGGGGAUGACUUGGGAAGCUCGACGUCUACUGAAGACCCUUUUCAAAGAUUAAGAAAAAUGAAGUGUCAAUAUAAUACCAGCUGAGGAUAUAUGGUCUAAUGAAUACGGUUCUCACUAUGACCACAGCUGCAGUCAGGCGUUCUAAUUAUUGCAGUGUCUUCCUGCAAGGCCAAACCUGCUGUCUGCUGCAUAAAGAGUUUCUAGUAGACAGAAUUAAUUUGGGAAAAAAGAUAAGUCAAUGCUUCAGAAGAACAGCUUGAUGUCCUGACUUAUACUGGCUAACAAGCUGAAACCCAAAUGCAUAUACUUGUUGUGGUAUACUCCAUCUGGACAGAGUCGUUGAGCAGUUUGUCACUCAGGGAUAAUGGAAUGCGUAAAAAUGUUGUGCUAGACUCCAUCUGGACAGAGUCGUUGAGCAGUCUGUCACUCAGGGAUAAUGGACUUAAGCACAUUUGCAAUCAACUAAAUAGAUACAAGGUUGAAGGAUGAUUUACACUGUAGUUUUAUUUGCAUCCACACUCUAGGUGGCUGCAAAGACAGUUCUUGCUGGAUUUCUUGGCUAGAGUACUCAGUUUCGGGGGUUUCAACUUUGCGUUGCUUGGUGACUUUCUACAUACUUAAUCGCCUAAUGUCAUGUCAGUCAUAUACUUCCUGGUAAACAGCGCAUUGACUGCUUGCACUUCCUUAAAGUUGAGGAUAUUGCGCUGAAGGUGCUGUCUCUAGUUCAAGGACCCCUGCCCAUGAAUCCAGCAUUCUUAUGAACCAGGGAUAACAUAGCCGAAACGUGGAUUGGCCGGUGCAGGACUGCAGUGAUUUGUCACUUUGCGACUGCUUUCAGGACAAAACCAUCAUCAAUAGCCUGACUGAUGUGCAAGUGCUGUUCCUAUGAAGUUUUUCUUCAUCCUUGUCUCUACAAACUUGUCGGCUUAGGGCAGGCCCUAACUGAGUAAAUGCUGGGCUAGAAGUAACUAACAACUAGCACCAAAUGGGCCACAAGUCGGUUCUUUCGCAGCGAUGAUAAUUAGCACAAGCUGUUGCCCAUCAGCCUAUGUCAACAUCUAAUUGAAUUCACAGAUCCCAGUAACUCCCACCCGAGCGAGCAUGGUAGCGAUGCUUUCUCUCCCUAGCCCUCCACUCCCACGCAUCGCCCUCGUCCUCCCCACUCCCCCUAUCAUGAUGGUGAGGCUAAAGCGCUGCCCCAUGCAUGUUGGCCAGAUCCACUCAGCAUGCCAUGGGUACGAGGGAGUAGGAACAUUGGCGGCUGCACCGAUGAACAGAAGAAGGGCCAGACUUUGGUACUUCAUGGUCACCGGGGACAGAGACCUGCCUACUAGGUGAUGACUAAUUUGGUACCGCGCUCCAUGCUAGCCUAAAGAAGGCCAUCGAAAGAAGUUGAAGUGGCUUGAUUCCCUGUUUGAAUUAUGAAAUGGUUUGUAUCCCUUCAAAACCAUGGUAGGACAAGGCACAAAAUUUUUCCUGGUCAAAGAUUCUUAAAGCGACUAAAAAGACCAUUUUUAGUGUUAGAACUGAAGCAUUACAUUUUCUUCCCACAUGAUUUUUCUUAGUCAGAAAACUAUAUUGUGCGCUCACUCCCUUGAUUUGGGUUGCACUCGCCCGGUUAGUCCAUUUCACAACAUAAUUCUGAUGCGCAUACCUUGGAGACAGCAAUAAUUUCUCUUUCUAGCGGUGGUAAGGAUAAUUUUAUUUCAUUAUGCAACUUUAGUGGUAUAUAUGCAUGCCCGGGGACUUGGCAACUCUUACUUUUGACUUUGAAGAGCUGUGUCAAUAUUUGAUUGUUUAGUUCCGAUUAA